AUGUCUCUUCAACCUUUUUUCGAUUUAUAUCCAUUUCAAGACGGUCUUUCCGACUUUUUGAGUUAUUCCCCUCGCGUUCAACGCCAGGAUCGUGCUGUUGAUUUAUCACCUGCCAUUGAUGUCCAUGAAGGCAAAGACACAGUUGCUGUUGAUGUAGAACUUCCUGGUGUCAAAAAGGAAGACGUUCAAGUUCAUUACGACGAAGGAAAACUUACCGUUUCUGGUAAAUCCGUGAAUGAGCGCAAGAGCGAGGGAGAUCGUGGAAACCACAGAUGGUCUGAACGUCGCUUUGGAUCCUUCUCUCGAACUAUCUCCAUCCCCAGCAGGAUCGAUUCCGACCGUAUUGAAGCCCAAUUUUCCAAUGGCAUUUUGAGUAUUGUUUUGCCAAAGAUUGAGCAGUCCCGAUCCAAGAAACAAAUCGCCAUCAAUUAAGCUGAAGGGCUAGUGGUAUAGAGUUUAUGAUGAUAUGAUUGUAUUCUAAUGAGAAUUUAUAAUGGCAUAAUGGCUUUUUAAUAUAGCAUAGUGGUUUAAUGAGAGUUUAUCAAAUUUUAAUAAAGUUCUCAUUUCAUUGUUUUUAAAAUGUAUAUAUUUAUAUAUAUUAAAAUACACUGUCAUAAGAACAUAUUGUCAUAUAAUAGUAAAUGCCAAAAGAUUAAAGGAAGAG